AUGACCACAACUGUGGGCAAAAUUAAUAGGCAGAGGUGGUGUCAGUCUGAAAACACACCACUUCAGAGGAUCACCGUAAUAACUGUGUUUAACAUUUUACUCACUGUGUUUAACAUGGAACCGAUGAAGUUUGUGCUGUUGCUCGUGCUCGUGUCGAGUGUGUGUGAAGCCGCAGCUCUGCCAUCCUGCAGGUGGACAUCCUUCCGACUCAGAACACUGAACGAGGAGAGCACUGGACUGCUGGAGAGCAUGGGUGAUGUGAUGCCCUUGAAAUGUCUGGGGAAAAGAGAAGAUUCCUUCCCAGAUGAUGUGUUUAUAAAAUCACAGAAUAAAGACUUGUUCUUGAUGGCUCUUGAAACUCUUAAUGGAGUCUCCCAAAUCUUCAAUAACAACCACACAGCAGUCACAUGGGACAGAGAGCAACUGAGACUCUUCCAGGCCAUCAUAGAUCGACAAGUGGAGAACCUGCAGAUUUGUGUAGGGAAAAAGAUCCAGAGAGCGAUGGACAAACCUGCCAACAGCAGCACCGAUACACUCAGGUCCUAUUUUGCAAAGUUGGAGGAGCGACUGAAAGAGAAGGAGUUCAGCUCGUGCGGCUGGGAGAUGGUGAGAACCGAGCUGCUGGAUGGACUCAAGAAGUUGCAGACUUUUAUAGAGAACAAGAAUUAA